CUCUUUCUUCUCGUCAUUGUAAACUUAAAACAAACUCACCACCAAGAGCAAGAUCUAUUCUAAACUAUCUCUACAAAUUUCAAAAAAAAGUCUCUUCUCUUAUUGUUAUAGUUCUGAUCAUGAAUUCGAUGUUCAGUGCCUUCGACGCUCUUUUCGCAGAGCUCAUGGGUAAGAACCUCAUGGGUUCUUCGUUUAAUGCUACUACUACUACGGCCACCGCCGCCGCACCACAAACGCAAACGCAAAAGCAAAAGGAGGACAACGCAAGUAGCAAAAACAUUGGUUUGGUGAAGAAGACUCCUAGGUACGCUGUGGAGUUCGAUGGUCUUCACUGCUUCGAAACAAUAGUCCGUUCUUGAUUUGAUUUGUUUCUUGGUGCGCUAGCUUGGCUUCAAGAUCAGAAACUUUGUUCUGAUUUUUCUUGUUUUUUUUUUUCUUUAAUUUAAUUUUAUUCUAUUAAUUCAUUAUAACAUGUUGCUGUCAAAGUGUCAAUACGUUUUUGAAAUAUUCAUCGAUUUGAUCCGGUUACAUACUUUCUUGAUUCUUCGAUUUGUCUUCAUAUUUCUCCGGUUCCGGCUAGAUGAUGAAGGGGUGCGAAUUCGGUUUGAUUAAACUCGAACCAGAAAUAACAAAAUUCAAGUUUUGGUUC